ACAAAAGCUAGUCGGUGCCCUCGCGCGCACAUCUUUUACUGAUUCUUGGAUUCGUGUAAGAAUUUGGGAGGAUAAAGAAAGCCGUAACGAUGCGAUUCUCAUACAGCUUGAUUUUAUCAACACUUAUGGUCGUGUACCUGCUGUCGGAUAAUGUACUCGGAGACGCAAAGAUAGGCAGGUACACAUGGUUGAAGUGCACACCAGGCAGCAAAAAUGCAAACUGUGUCAAAAACCAGGGCCCGGUGAUCAAUCUGCCAGCACCUCAACGACUCCCUGCUAGAGCCACAAGAGACAUCCAUCCUGUCGAAACCAGUGAAGAGACCGAGGAGUCUGGAGAAGGCUCUGGUGACUUCCUAAGCCGGGAAGUGCGUGAAAUCAGUAUGAAAGAGUGGCCACAGCAGAGCCUAACCGAGGAAGAAGGGAGUGGCAUUGAAUAUGUAGAUCCUGAGUUGGUGCAACCCAAGCUGUCUGCUAGGGAUUUGCGUGAGGAUAAUAUGAUUGAAUGAGCUGAAGUCUGCCAGUCUAAUAUCACUUAAGUCUUGUAGAGAUUCUCAGGAUAAGAAGCCCUAAAGUCCCUAAAAUUUAUUUUUUUUAAGUUUCUUAAUAUUUGAUUCAUUUGUACUGGACUACUUUAUGGGAUGUACUGCAUGUUGAAACAGGAAGAGUGAGUUCAAAUGAUCAAGUACAUUUUUUAAAUGUUAAUUCUUUUAAGCCCCUGAAGAUCUUAUUUCUAUGAGAGUAAAUGAAUCAUUUAAAUAAUAUAUAGUAUUUUGUGCUUCACCAUCUUGUAAAAUAUUUAUGUAUCACAGUAAAUGCAGGUAUAAACUGGAAUUUAAUUUUCUUGAAUACAGAUGUUUUUACCAUUUUCUGCCACUUUUGUUUUUUUCUCUUUAUAAAUGCUGUUUGUUCUUGAGGUUUAGGAAACCAAUCCUGUGCAAUUGAUCAAAGCUUUUCUCCUAAUAUUUUGUUGAUUUGUAAUGCAUUAUUAUUAUUAUCCACUUGUCCACUUGCAAGUGCAUGAAAUCCUUUAUCACAAUAUUAGUAUUUACCUUUCAUGACAGUUUAUUCCAAUGGGUUUUAUUUUUCAAUUAAAAAGUAUAAGGAAAGGACUGCCUCUUAUCCUCACUGGUAAUUUAAUGUCUUAUAUAAAUACAGUAUAUAAGAUAUACUUGUAUGUACAGUAUAUUAGUAAAUCAUGUUAAUUUUUCACCAUAGCCAACCUUAUGACUAAUGAUUUUCUCAUGAAUAAUGCACGCAUGUGCACUUAGUUUCUGGUCUAGCAAAGUAAUGAGUGGGUUGCUGUGUGCAGAAAAGCAUUCGCUUUGGAAAGAAUUCUUUGUUUUUUAUAUCAGUGACCCAUUCUUUUUAGAUAAAAAAUUUUAAAGUCUG